ACCAGUCACUCUGACCCGGAAGUUGAAUUUAGCCAAUCGGGAUAACCCACGAUUAAAUACACGCAGAAUACACGAAAAUUCGCUAAAAGUUGUAACAUUGUGUCUGUCAUGUUAUUGAAAUAAAACAAUGAUUUCCAAAGAAUCAUUCAAUUUAAAACAAGUGUUUAAAUCACUUGCAUUUAUUUCAUUGUCGUUGGAUAUUUUAAUUGAAGGCAUAUUGGCAGACCAUGCUGAAGCCAGUAAACACCUUGACAUGGGGCGUGAUAUGUUAGCACAGGGAAAUCUUCUUGAAGCAUUAUCACAUUUUGAUUUGGCAGUUGACAAGGAUCCUUACAAUUAUUUGACAUACUUCAGAAGAGCAACAGUGUACUUAGCUCUUGGGAAAUCAAAGUCAGCAUUACCAGAUCUCGAUAAAAGUAUUGAGCUGCGGCCAAAUUUUGUGGCGGCACUUACACAGAGAGGGAACGUUUAUCUAAAGCAGGGAAAUCUAGAUGAAGCAAUGAGCGAUUUCCAAGAAAUAGUAAGCAAUGAUCCGAACAACAUGGAGGUGGUGGAGUAUCUGCACCAGAUAGCCCCUCUCCGUGGGGAGAUAGAGCAGGCGAAAAUGUUGUACCAGAACCAUGAUUACCAGGGAGCUAUCAUCCUACUUUCUAAAGCAAUUGAUCUCUGUCCGUGGGACCCAGAGUUGCGUGAACUUCGUGCAGAGUGCUUUAUAGCUCAGGGAGACUUGUUUAAGGCCGCCAACGACAUCCGGCCAACCACAAAGCUGCGUAACGACAACACGCCGGGUUUUUUCAAACUCGCGAAUCUCUAUUACGAGAUGGGAGAUGCAGAUGAGUCUUUGAAUCAAAUCAAGGAGUGCCUAAAGCUGGACCCGGACCACAAGGAGUGUUUCCCGUUCUACAAGAAGGUGAAGAAGCUUGCCAAGCAGCUUAAAGAGUCACAGGAACACUCCAACGCUGAACAGUGGGACGACUGUGUGGCCAAGGCCCGCGCCAUCUUGAAAACCGAGCCCAAGGGUUACUCAUUCGUGCACACGGCCAAGUCUCAUAUAUGUCACUGUCUUGCUAAGGGGGGCCAUGGGAGUGAUGCAAUCAAAGCGUGCAAUGAAGUCUUAGAUAUGGAUCCAGAAAACUACAACGCAAUGUGUGACAGAGCCGAGGCACAUAUAGCCAACGAAAACUACGAUGAAGCUAUUAAACAGUUCCAAAGUGCCAUGAAUAUAGAUCAAGAAAACCGGCGAGCCAGGGAGGGGGUGGAGCGUGCUCAAAAAUUGCUCAAGAAUUCCAAAAAGAGAGACUAUUAUAAGAUAUUAGGAGUACCAAGGAGUGCCAAGAAGAAGCAGAUAGAGAAGGCGUACAGGAAGCUGGCCAUUCAGUGGCAUCCUGACAAGUUCCAGGACGAGGAGGAGAAGAAACAUGCAGGCAAAAUGUUUAUGGACAUUGCAGCCGCCAAGGAAGUGCUCUCAGAUCCAGAAAAGCGUUCAAAGUAUGACAAUGGCGAAGAUCCCUUAGACCCUGAACAACAACAACAAGGGAACUGGGGCGGCAAUCCAUUUGGGCAGGGAUUCAAUCCCUUUGGGCACGGGGGCCAAGGAUUCAACUUCAAAUUUCACUUCAACUGAGCCCGCCGCCAGUGGUCUAUCUGUGAUAUUAAGUGUUCACUUCAUCUGUUACUCAGAGAGAUUUGUCUGAUACCAGCGCUAAUGCCUGCUAACUAUAUAUGUGAUACUAUAGUUUUUACAAUUUGGAAAAAUGUUUUGAGUUCUGUAGAAAGUUUUGCAAUUUGAUAAAGAAUGUUAAGUUGAUUAUUUACAUUACACAGACAUGUUUUAUAAUUUAUUUUUUGCCUCUAAAAUUUAUCAAUAAUGUGCAACUUAUUCCUAGAUAGGCAUGUAUACAUCUUGCAAUGCAGAUUGCAUUAUAGUCUUAAAAAUGCUGGCAUCUCAACUAUCUGUCCUGGUCCUUUUUUCCCCUUAAAUUUCGGGUUGCAUUCCAUUACAGUGAUGCAAAUCUGCCAACAAAGAGGCUAUUUGUAGUUAUUUUAAAUAGUUCAUCUUCAAAGUUCUAACAAAUUAUUAAGCUCAAGUAUUGUAUGUUACGAUACUUAUGCAUUUUACAAAGUUGAAAUUAACCUACGCAUGUCAAAAGUUCUGACUGCGUGUGAAAGAUCUAUAUCUGAUUUACAUUUGCAUAAACACAGACAGCGUUAAUGGAUACAUUCGGCAUAAUUUGUCCUUGUAUUCAUGCACCUAUUAAAUGCAAAAAAAUGCAAUUCAAUUAUUAGAAGGCAUAGUCUUUUCAUUUCAUUUUUUAUCAAACGCAAUCUCAUUGAUAAUUGUGUAAAACAAUGACGUCUUACGCUAUCUAGGAAUGAAAAAAGCUCAGAUUUGUGCAUAUGUGACUUGAUAACUAUUUUAGCAAAAAGUAGUACGGUUAUGAAUAUUUAUGUUUUAAUUUGCAUAUGUUGUGAGUUCAUGGUACAUAAAAAGCAGGUCAAGUGAAGUAAUUUUCAAAUCAUAAUGCAGCAUUCACUUGAAGCAAUGAAGUCAGUAUUUCCAUAUCAUGUACACUUUUUUCAAAUGACGUUCUUGUUAUUGUUGUCUUUACAUUAAUAAUUUAUAUGAAAUUAUGGCAAUGAAUGUACUUUGAUAAGUAAUGUUCUUAGUUUUCAUUGACUUUCAUGUAUUAACUAUGAAUUCCAAACCAUCAGAAUAGCCAGGCUAGGUUAUUUUGUGUUGUUUUUCUUCGCUAGAAUACCCAUACAAUUUUCACAAGUAUUUGUACUGUCUCAAACAAUUGUAAAUGUUUAAGAACACACAACAUUGUUUGUUGAGCCUAUUUUGAAGUGUGGGAACAAUUUAGUACAACUCUGUUGUUACUACUAUAACUCAAAUAUAUUUGAUAAAUAAAUUUAAAACUUAUAACCUGUAAUGCGUCCAAUAUGUAAUAUGUAAUACAUAUGCUAUUUACAUAUUAGUGCAACCAAUCUAGUCUUAUUUGAGGAAUAAGAAUUAUUCUAACUUACUUUAUAACAAAUAUGUUAUUAAUUAUUUUCAUAAAAAUGAUUGGAAUACUUGUUUGAAGUAUGGAAAUAACUUGCUACUCAAAUCUAAAGUGGUUUACAAGUGUUUUUAUGAUAAAUGAUAUAUGAUAUAUGCAUAUAUAUAAGUUAUGUACGAUUGAUUUAAUUGUAUCAUUCUAUGCAAGAAAUUGCAUGUGAAAUAUACCUGAGGUAAAAUUGAAGUUUUUGCAUCGACAGUUAGUAAUCCAACUCUGGUGUCAUGGAGUUUUUAUUAUUUUUUAUCAUUGGUGAAAAUUGAAAUAAGGAAAUUCAAAUGCAUUAAGGGAGUUUAAGAACAUUAAGCUAUCAUUUGUUUAUUGUUGUUGUUUGUUAAAAAUCAAACUGUUAAAAAUUAGUAGAAAAUCAAAUAUUUUGGAAUCUGCCAGUAUUUUUAUGCCCCCCUUCAAAGAAGAGGGGGUAAAUUGUUUUGCUCAUGUCGGUAGAUUGGUCUGUCCGUCCGUCCACCGAAUGGUUUCCCGAUGAUAACUCAUGAAUGCUUACGCCUAGGAUCAUGAAACUUAUGUUCAUUGAUCAUGACUCGCAGAUGACCCCUAUUGAUUUUCAGGUCACUAGGUCAAAGGUCAAGGUCACAAUGACUCGACACAGUAAAAUGGUUUCCGGAAGAUAACUCAAGAACGCUAAUGUCUAGGAUCAUGAAACUUAAUAUGUACUUUGAUCAUGACUCGCAGAUGACCCUAUUGAUUUUCAGGUCACUAGGUCAAAGGUCAAGGUCACUGUGACUCGAACCAGUAAAAUGGUUUCCGGAUGAUAACUUGAGAACGCUUAUGCCUAGGAUCAUGAAACUUAGUCUGUACAUAGACCAUGACUCGCAGAUAACUCCUAUUGAUUUUCAGGUCACUAGAUCAAAGGUCAAGGUCACGUUGACUUGACACAGUAAAAUGGUUUCCGGAUGAUAUCACAAGAAAGCUUACGCCUAGGAUCAUGAAUCUUCAUAGGUACAUUGAUCAUGACUGGCAGAUGACCCCUAUUGAUAUAAGUCACUAGGUAAAAGGUCAAGGUCACAGUGACAAAAAAGGUAUUCACACAAUGGCUGCCACUACAACUGACAGCCCAUAUGGGUGGUAUGCAUGUUUUACAAACAGCCCUUGUUGUUUUUGAAUUUAAUGUGUUGGACAAGAAAUAUGUUUUGGCAAGCACUCUUCAGUUUAAUGUUUUCUUUUUACUGUCCAUCUUCUACACACACAAUUCAUGUUGUGCUGGUCUCAUUUAUGUACUUUGUUGUUAACGUAUGCCUUUCGAUUAAUUUUAGAAUGAAAGAUGAUGAUGUAUAUAUUCACGUUUCAUGAUACACUGUGUUUGUUCAUACCUGAAAGAAAUAUUUGGGUGUUCGUAAAGAGCUCAGAAUGGAACAUUUGUUUUUAAUUACUAACACAUUAUUUUUUCAUGGUUUCCGGUGGUUUAUGGAGAAAUAUCAGUGAAUUUAAACUAACAAUUCCCUGUUUCAAACAGUGAAAAUUCUUGAUAUGUCCACUGUUAUACAGUAUUUUUCUAUGAUCACUCGUGAAUUAAAUUCUUUAUUAUAUGAUCUACUUGUUCAUUUUCACAAAGUUUGUUACCGUGGAGUGAGUGUAUACAUCAUUUUUGGCUUACAUGUUUUUCCUAAGAUAAGAGUCCAUAUGAUUGUGAGGUAAAAAGUUUAUUUGUGAUGGGUGAAAGUAGAUAUGAAGGGUUAAGCAUGAAAUUGUUGUAUCAUUUUAAUAUUUUCGACAUCAUUAACACCAGUUUUAUGCUUGACCCUUGUUUGAUAAAUUAUCAAUAUGUAUACUUGAAUUGCAAGUGCUUGGUCACAUGUAUAGUUUGGUUUUUAGAGAUUUGUUAACUUUAUUCUGUAUGUUUAUUAUGAAAUGUAAAGAUAAAAGACAUUUAAUUAAAAAAAAGUAAGUCCA